AUGGAUUCUUCUUCCUUUGAGUCCCAAAAUUUGGAGUUCUCUGAAUGUCUUGCAUGGGAAAGGCCUGAUUUUGAGAGCAAAUCUCUUCCCUUCAAUGAACAUGACUCACAAGAGAUGCUCCUCUUGGAUGUUCUCAAUAAGGCUGCUGAUCAAGAGUCUUUGGUUUCUGAUUCCCCCACUACAUCUAUCCAUAAAGAAACCAGUUCCAAGGAGAAGGAAAAACCCAAGAAAAAGGAGAAGACCUAUAUCGGUGUUCGAAGCCGGCCAUGGGGAAAGUUUGCAGCUGAGAUAAGGGAUUCAACUAGAAAUGGCACAAGAGUUUGGUUGGGAACUUUUGAUAGUGCUGAGGAAGCUGCCCUAGCUUAUGAUCAGGCAGCAUUGUCAACACGUGGACCACUAGCUGCUCUUAAUUUCCCUAUUGAAAAGGUUGUUGAUUCUCUUAAAGAGAUCAAGUACAGCUGCAAUGAGGGAUGUUCACCAGUGAUAACACUUAAAAGGACACACUCCAUGAGAAGGAAGUCCUUGAGCAGGAAAAGCAAAGAGAGGGAGGUGAGAAUGGAAGAAGAUGUUACAGACUUGGAAGAUAUAGGGGUAAAUGACUCUUGA